CGGGAAGACACCGGAAGACUCGCCGACUGGAGGAGGUGGCCGGCGGGCGGCGGCGUGGCAGGUUGGGGGAGGCCGUAACUAAGGGCUGUACUUUGGUUUAAUUUGUGGGCAGUGGCAGCGUGCAGUGAAGCUUUUUUGCAUCCUAGAUAUUUUGGAGGUAGUAAGGCAUUUUGGAGUUUUUUUGCACUCUGUUUUGAUUUUUUUUACAAAUUAUGAUUUUCGUACCUUAAUCUCCCUUGAUAUUGUAAUGUUUGUGUUUUGUUAUGUAAUAUGACUUUGGUGUUUUGUAUGAGUUAAUAUUAAUUACAUUUAGGGGCUCUUUGGCAACUUCUGAAUCGUUUUUUCUCUCUUUUCUUUGCCCUUCUCUCUGGUUAAUGUCUUCCGCUGAUAGCCAAGAUAUUUCUGCCUCGGAUGCCCGCGCAUCCGAGGAACCUCUUUCCUCUUCUUCGACCGGGUCGUCUUCCCCCAUCCCUCAGUCCCGGUUGAAUCCAAACCCUAGCGUCCCUGAACCGCAGCCGCUAAACCAGAUGCCCGGUCACCUUUUCGCGGAGAGGGAGGAACCGGUUAACGACGAACCGGCCCCCUAUGACCCGGAAAAAGAGACCAGGGAUCAAUGGGUGGAGAGGUUGGAUGCGGUCGGUUACUCUCCCGUUCCUACCUCCUUCGUUACAGACAUCUACCCCAACGUUUCCAAAAUAGCUUUGGAUAAGGCCCGUAGGAACCUCCCGGUGGGCUACGUUCUCGAAUUCGACGUGAACUGGCCCAACAUCAUCGAACCCCACCAGGAGGAUAGAAUAGGUUUUCAUAUUGCUUCCUUAGAGAGCGGCACCAUUUUUCCCCUUCGCCCCCUCUUUGUCGAGGUUUGCCAAUGCUUUAAGAUUCUACCCGGUCAAAUUACUCCCAAUGCCCACCGGUUACUCAAUUCUUUUGCCAAUAUCUGCACCUUCCUUCACAUCGACCCCUCGCUUCGCCUCUUCCUUUACAUGUUCGAGGUCCAUCCCGGUAAGCCGGGCUGCGAGGGUUUCGUCUACUUCAAAGGGCGAAACAACCGAAAAUUCAUUUCUGACCUCCCACAAAGCAACCGUUUGUGGAAGGAAAAAUUUGUGUUCAUAAAGUUUCCCCCCUCCGUCACUCCUCUGGCCGGUUUGACGUGGAGCGAUAAUCUUCUCAAGCACCAAUUCACUGAGCCGCCCACCACUCCGGACUUGGAGGAGAGUCUAGGAAAGCUUCUGCAGGGGGACCCUAAUACCGGCCAGAUGUACCACUACGGGGGUUGGGUGUGGCGCGUCCAACCGGUGGCGAGGGUACCUCCCAGGCUCAUGAAGCGGCGGGGCGCGGGAGCCUACCAUAUGCCGAAGACUACCGGUGGUUCUUACUCUGCUGCCGGUCCGCAUACUUCAGCAGCACAACCGGUCCAGAAGGAAACUAUAGAAGUUCAUUCUGAAGAGGAAAUUCCUGAGACCGGGGGGGUUUCUCAAACCGGGAAGGAGACGGUGAAUUCCCNCCCCCCCCCCCCCAACAAAGGAAAGGGGAAAAAGAGAGUGAAGCAUGCGGCCACAAACCAUCCGUCGGCCAAAAAGAAAAGGGGGGAAAACAUCCCGGCUGAGGAGUCACUGGAGGAGCUCUGGGUCAAACUGACCCUCAAGCUGAAAGGGGUAAUCUUCGUACUAACCGGUACCGUUUCUUGCCCCUUAGUCUUCGCACUAACCGGUGUUCUAUUCAAUAUGCAGAUGGGUGAAGUUAGGCCGGACGUAUUGGAGCAACUCACCGAAGAUUCCUCCUCCCGGUUAGCCCAACUGGAGGAGAAGCUGAAGAGAUGUGAGGCUCAUAACCGGGAUCUCAAGGAGCUGACUGCCCGGCAGUCGAAUGAGAUAGCUGAUCUUUCUGCAAUCGCCGAGGGGGCCAAAGCAGAGACCCUCCACCUGAAGGAAGAAAAUUUGAAGCUGAUGGAAGAUCUGGAGCUGAAGGAGCGAGAGUUCCCCGGUAGGGCCAGGCGAUGGGUCGGAGAGAACUUGGAGGAAACAGCCCGGGUAAUUACAUCUACCCCGGAGGUGACGAUGGAGGCCUUCAAGUUCAUAUGCCGGGAGGAGCAAGGAAAAGAGAUGAUUACCCAGAUUGGCUCCUACGGUUUUAUGUCCGGCCAAAAACGUGACCGGGAGGCUACCCAUGCGGUCCUUGCCGAACGGUUUCCGGAUUUUGACGCCGAAGCAUAUGGACUGGCCCCCAUCCCGGACGACGAGCCUGCACCUCCCUUCCCCUUGAAUUGAAAAUCUCCCCGGCUGCGCCCGGUUAUUUUUUGUAAACUUGAAACUGGAAAUUUCCCCGGGGAUGCCCGGCGUACUUGUAAACAAUUAAUUUUCUUGUUUUGU